UUUUGGAGACAUAUUUAAAGUUUGAAGAUGGCGCUCAAAUUGAUUUGCGGUCAGAGUUCAAGGGGCUCUCGUCCUGGGAUGUCUGUAAUGUUCGUAGUGUGGACGGGAUUUUUGUUCUUGAUUACUGUAUCAGAAUCAGACCAAUAUACAGAAGAGAAAUGUUUCCAUCUGACAUUGGGAUAUAGAGAAGUAGUUUCAUCCAACUUAACAGACAACAACAAUAGUGACAGAGUUACCUCUCCAUGGCGAUGUUACUGCUAUGAGGGACAAAGACAGUCAUUGUACCUUCUCUGGUCAAAUCCAGUGAUCAAGCUUCAAUUUGCUAACAACGUUGUACCAGAACAGUUUGUCAAAAUACAUGCAGACUCUGAGGAAGAAACUUGGAAAAAGACAAACACCCAAAACCCAUUUCUCAACUUUAUCCAGCAACUCAAUCUUUUCUUCAACAAGGAUAGGGAGGACAUAUCUCUGACAGCUUUCAACAAGAGUUGUGUAGCUGUGCAGACUGACUCAUCCUAUACAGUCUCAUUUAGUGUUAAAUAUGUUGAACUGUGGUACGUAGCAUACCUAGCUGCAGGCAUUGUCAUCUUUCUGUCAGCAAAAAGCUGGAGCCAUAACAGAUACCUACACUACAGUACAGGUGUAUCUAUUGGUGUGAUGGCUUCCAUCAUUUUCCUGCUGAUUUUCCUAAGAAAACUGUUUCCACAGAGCCUUCGAAGGAUCAGCUACGUCAUGAUUGCAGCUGCCACAUCGACGUCACUCUGGUUCUGGACCUAUUUUAUGAAACAGAUGUUUGACCCAAUCACAAGCACGCUGAUCCAAUAUUGGCAAUACAUCCUUGGCUAUGUCAUUGUUACGGGCCUCAUAAGUUUCUGUGCCUGCUACAGAUACGGUCCAGUGACCGAUACCCGCAGCCUUAACCUCAUACAGUGGUUUAUACAAUUGGUUUCCCUCAUUCUUGUUUACCAGGGGACGCAGAUACCUGAGUUAUCUGUGGCCAUCAUUGUUGUGUUACUGACACUCUACAAUAUACCAAAAGGAUUUUACAGGAAUAGAUUAACAUACUAUCUCAGGUUUAAGUUUUUCACACCGAAGCGUAAGUUUCUGACGGAAGAUGAGUAUAUCAAGCAGGCAAACGAGGAAACCACAAAGGCACUAGAGGAGCUCCGCAGCUUCUGUCAGAGUCCUAAAUGUGAUACAUGGAAGGUCGUCAGUCACCUGUCCACACCUUUAAAGUUUGCCAAGUUUGUGGAGGGAGAUUCCUGGCACGUUACAGAUCAGGAACUACUAGAGUAUGACAGUGGGCCUGAACCAACACCUCCGGUCGAUCCAGACUCGUCAGACGAAGAUGAAAUGGACUUCAUACUUAGUUCACAAUAGUUUAACUUAAUUCCUUUGUAUUAUAGACAUUCAUCAUCUCACCCAAAUCACAGUUGAUCAGAUAAAAUAAAUUCAUCAGACAUGUGAACUUCAUGAAACCACAUCAUCAUUCCACAUCUCAUCUUGGUCAGAAAAAGUAUUUUGAAGUGUGUUUAUUGAAAUGUGAGCUUAAUAUUAACCUGAAGAGAAUGGAACAUAAUUCCAAUGAAUUCACAUCAUUUCAACAGAAGCUAAACAUGUUUUUAUCUUAUUUAUUUAACUUGACUAUAAUAGCAGUUAAAAUACAGAGUAUAACCAAGGGGUAAUGUGAUGAAAACAAAUGUUAUACAUUUAUAAAAAAGCAUAUAUCGAGUGGCUAUUUGGCAAUGGGGACUGGAUGAAGCAUAAUAUAUUCAAUUUAAAUUUCCUUUGUGUACAUAUUUCUUCCAUGUGUUUUGUAAGUGGUGAGGGUUUGUGUUUGUAAAUAGCAUGUCAGUGUGUGUGUAAAUCAUUUCCUCAUCAUUCCUGGUAUGAGUGUCAUCCCUAAUUUGCAUGUAUAUACCUCACCUAGCCAUUGAUGAAAUGAGUGCCAUGCCUCAUGUGUGAAUUGUUCACCCUACCAUUGACAGAAUGAAUGUCAUGCCUCAUGUGUGAAUUGUUCACCCUACCAUUGACAGAAUGAAUGUCAUGCCUCAUGUGUGAAUUGUUCACCCUACCAUUGACAGAAUGAAUGUCAUGCCUCAUGUGUGAAUUGUUCACCCUACCAUUGACAGAAUGAAUGUCAUGCCUCAUGUGUGAAUUGUUCACCCUACCAUUGACAGAAUGAAUGUCAUGCCUCAUGUGUGAAUUGUUCACCCUACCAUUGACAGAAUGAAUGUCAUGCCUCAUGUGUGAAUUGUUCACCCUACCAUUGACAGAAUGAAUGUCAUGCCUCAUGUGUGAAUUGUUCACCCUACCAUUGACAAAAUGAGUGUCAUGCCUCAUGUUUGAAUUGUUCACCCUACCAUUGACAGAAUGAGUGUCAUGCCUCACGUGUGAAUUGUUCACCCUACCAUUGACAGAAUGAGAGUCAUGCCUCAUGUGUGAAUUGUUCACCCUACCAUUGACAGAAUGAGUGUCUUUGCUUUAGAUUUAACAUUGAUAGAACGUUCAAAAGACUAGUGAUAGAAUGAGUAUUAUCCCUAAAUUUAUAUGUAAAUAACUUGGUGAUCUUACAUUUAAUGCAAUGUAAGAACAUAUGCCAUGGUUCAGUAUCCAUCGUCUGCCUGGCUUUUUUUCUUUCCCACUCCCCAGUCCCC